AGGCUCCCGAGCGUGAUGACGCAAGGCUACCCCCGCGCGCCAAUGUUUAUACAGCGAAGCCUCCAGGAAGUGCUGGCUUCCCAUUGGCGGGGCGGUUGCCGUGGCGACGGGCCUAGCAUGGCUGUGGCGGCCGGGUCGGAGUCGCCUUCUCCGCCGCCAAAAGAGGAGGAGGAGGAGGCGGAGGAGGAGGAAGACGAGGGCCCCUCGCUGCCAGGGGCCCCCAUGGGGCGCAGGGCCGUCUGCUCCAGGCCUUACUUCGUGGUGCUGAUGGUCUUCGCGCACCUCUACGUGCUCAACGUGCUGGGCUUGCUGCUCUUCGUCCACAUCAGCGCCGAUGACGGAGGAGGAGGAGGAGAGCCGGGCAGAGAGGCACAGGACUCGAACCCAGCGCCGCCCCCAGUGCCAAUGCCAAUGCCCAUGCCCUCGGCUCCCCCGCACCUCCUGCCCCGUCUCGAAGGCAUCAAGGUGGGUCAUAAACAGAAGGUGGAGCUGGUUCCUAACAAAAUCCAUUUCAUGAAGACACUCAGCUUGAAACCACUUCUUUUUGAAAUUCCAGACUUCCUGAGUGAAGAUGAAUGUAAAUUAAUUAUCCACUUGGCUCAACUGAAAGGACUACAGAAAAGCCAGAUUUUGCCUACAGAUGACUAUGAAGAAGCUAUGGAAAUGAUAGAUAUCAGCCAGAUGGAUAUUUUUAAUCUACUAGAUCACAAUCAAGAUGGACAACUGCAGCUGAAGGAGGUGUUGACGCACACCCGUCUAGGAAACGGCCGGUGGAUGACGCCUGAGAGCAUCCGGGAGAUGUAUACUGCUGUGAAAGCAGACCCAGAUGGCAAUGGUGUGCUGAGUUUGGAAGAGUUUAAGCAGCUGAACAUCCGGGACUUCCAUAAGUAUAUGGGAAGCCAAAAAGUGAAGAUGAGUGACCUGGUCCGGAAUAGCCAACACACGUGGCUCUAUCAAGGCGAGGGGGCGCACCAAGUCAUGCGCUCCAUAAGGCAAAGGGUGAUUCAUUUGACCCGUCUGCCCCCAGAGAUCGUGGAGCACAGUGAGCCCCUGCAAGUGGUACGAUAUGACCAGGGAGGGCACUACCACGCUCACAUGGACAGCGGGCCAGUGUUCCCUGAGACCGCCUGCACGCACACCAAACUGGUGGCCAACGAAACUGCUCCAUUUGAGACUUCAUGCCGCUAUGUGACAAUCCUGUUCUACCUGAAUAACGUGACAGGAGGGGGAGAAACCACUUUUCCUAUUGCAGACAAUAGGACCUAUGAAGAGAUGUCUCUGAUCCAGAAUGAUGUUGAUCUUCGUGACACUCGCAAACACUGUGAUAAGGGGAACCUACGUGUAAAACCAUUGCAAGGCACUGCUGUCUUCUGGUACAAUUACCUGUCAGAUGGGGAAGGCUGGGUUGGUGACCUAGAUGAAUACUCCUUGCAUGGAGGCUGCUUGGUCACUGAAGGAACCAAGUGGAUCGCCAACAACUGGAUCAACGUCGAUCCCAACAAGCGGCGGCAGUUCCAGUUCCAGGAGGAAAUGGCCCGAUACACAAACGAGGAGGAGGACCCGAGCGAGUGGACUGUGGACAAAUCCUACAGCCAUGUGCAUGUGGAACUUUAGUGUUUGGGGAGGCCUCUUCAUGGACUCGGAAGAAACUUUUUUUUUGCACUAGGCCAGUCUCCUCCCUGUAAUCUCCCCCUUCCCCUUCUCUUCCAUCUCUGCAAUUCUCCCCAGAGAACACUAGCUGUGCUCUGGCCUUGCAUUUCUGAUCUGACUGGGGGAUGCAAAGCUUUGGAUGGAUACUCAUGGCCAUGAGUUCAGGUUUGGGGGGAAAUCGAUAAUAGAAUGAUCAGGAGAAGUGCCAUAGCUUGCCUUUUAGGGUCUGCUUGCCCCUUGUCUCUUUACUGAAUAGUGGGCUUUGCUGCCUGGAGUUCUGGGUCUUAGAGUGAUUCUACCCUUUGGCAUGAGCAGGCAAGCUGCAGGAUUUCAACUCGUCCUCAUCCUGAGUCACAUCUGUUGCCCUGCAAGGCAGUUAUUUUCCUCCUCGAUUAGUUAGCCUUGUAGCCACAUUCCUGGUGCCUGUCCUUCUCUUGUGCUGUGACAAGAUCUCUCCUUUGUGCACAAAUGAACUUGGAUCCUGUCCCCCAUUUAGAGAUCCAGGGAGCAGUAAGAUCAGGGACCGUUUCUGGGGUUAAGUCCAAAUUGUUCUCCAUGGAGUGUGGUUCUUAGCUCUUCCAGGACCAAGUCACCAUCUUCCAGUGCACCCCUGUAAAUGUUUACUAAGAAAUGAGCUCCAUAACUAUAUAUACUCGUGUAUCAGGGCCAAAAUUAUGGAUUUUGAAAUGAUCCAUUUCAUAGAGAGGAGAAAGCAUCAAUGCCAAUCCAGGGGACAAUCUGCCUGGCUUUUGCUACUGUUUUCCUCCCCAGGUAUUCAAAAUAUCCAGAAGUGGCACCACAUUGGAGACAGUAGAGGGGGUUAGUGCCUCGUGUUUUUUUUUUCCUGGGAUGGAUUAUACUCUCGCUUUUUGUUCCUCUACUCAGAGAAUACAAAGGUUUCUUUUGUAUGAGAGUUAAGGGACAAUACUCACAUUGACCAAUUGAUAAGUUGACCCAGUUCUGCAGGGGUUGAUUUUUUGACUAAAAUUUCUAGACUUACACUUGAGUAUAUACCAGGCAUGUGCAAACUUUGGCCCUCCAGGUGUUUUGGACUUCAACUCCCACAAUUCCCAACAACCAGUAGGUUGUUAGGAAUUGUGGAUGUCUAAAACACCUGCAGGGCCGAAGUUUGCUCAUGCCUGGUAUAUAGGGUGAGUUUCAUAGAGCUUGUCGCCAGCUAAUUUUGUACAGGAGUGCAGGCUUGCACACACUAUAAUAGAAAGCCUUUGAGAAGCUGUAUGUUACGAAAGGUGUUGAGACUGCGAAGAUAUUGAGUCAUUCCAGGUGAUUUCGAUUACUUAUCCUGGAUAAUUUUUCUCAGGGUCAGACAUGGUUCUAAAGAAGAGCAUGGUUCUGAAAUGUGUAUUGUGUUGAUUAUCAGGGAAAAAAGGGAAAUGCUGAAAUGUGCAAUAGCAGCUGGUGUGCUGUAUUUGUUGAGAUUUUCCCUUCAGUCACUUGGUUUGUGUGCCCCAUUUCUUUAUUGUAAGUCUGGGAGGGUUGGGGUUUUCCAUUCCGUUUACUUUUCUGUUUGGACCAAUGGCAUAACUUCUUCUCACUGAUAAAUAUACAUCAUGUGUGCAGAUUGGAAGUCGCUGAAUCUGCUAGAUUGAGAGUUAAAGGCCAGUAUGUAUGCCAGGUCCCUAUUUCCCACAGUUAUCAUGUUGUAUUGCAGAAAGGAUAAGUUUAUUUUUUGCUGCUUUGGAUACUAUGACAUGGAGCAAUGGAUUCAAACUGCAGGAAAAGAAAUUCCAACAGUGUAAUAUGCUGCCUAGAAGUGUGAUAGAGUCUCCUUCUCUGGAGGUUUUUAAGUAGAGACUGGAUGGCCAUCUUUUGGGGGUGCUUUGAUUUUGUGUUCCUGCUUGGCAAGGGUUUGGGCUAAAUAGCCCUUGAGGUCCCUUUCAUCUCUGUGAUUCUAUGACAAAUCCACCAGUAAUGUGUCUAAUCCAUUUUUAAACCCAUCUACCAUAGCUGCCAUUUUUGGCAAUGGCCUAUAUAAGUUUUACAUUUUGUCAAGAAAUACUUCCUACAUCUUUUCCUUUCCAGACCACUUUUACAUACCUCUAUUGUGUUAUGCCUGUAUUACCUGCUUUUUCAAAACCGAAAAAGCCCUAAGCUAUGUAUGUUUCUUCCUAGAGCAACUCUGUGACCAUUUUGAUUGCCCUUUUCUAUGCCAAAGGCAGCAAGCUUGUGACCAGUGCUCCCGCCAUAUGUCCCCACUGUGUCUAAAGGGUUCUGGCUGAUAAAGAGGGCUGCAAGAAGUGGCCUUUCCUAUUAAUAGGGCUAACUGAGGGAAAGGGCUGGUGUUUGUGAGAAAUGUUGAUUUGUGUAUCUUGAGACAGUUUGCCCCUGGAAGAAAUGAACUAAGGUUCCAUCUACACUGAUCAUUUAAUGCAGUUCCAAGCUGGCUUCCAAGCUGCAGUAGCUAGACAACAAACUCCUAUAAAGGUGCUCCAAAGAAAGUCCUUAAUGUUGAUUAGUGCUCUGUGGUUUAUGGAAUCACCUUCCAGUCCUCAGACUGGUUCCAGGACUUCCUUUGUAAUCUGUGUGGAGAACCUGUUUUCUUCAAUAUCAGUUUGUAACUGACUUAAGUGGUUCGUGUAGAUGUGCCCUCAGUUUCAUAGAAUGAGUGGUAAUGUGUGUCUUUUUUGUAGCUGUCCUUAUUGUUGUGUGCCUUGGUUAGAGGCCUGUGCAGUCUGUGACUGGCCAAGUCAAACAUAGCCCACCAGCUGAGUAUAUUGUGAUCUGGCAGAAGCUUAACAUUUCUUUCUGUCCUCUGUCAUCCCAGACAGUAGACAAAAGUUAGAGGUUGGGUUGCUGUAAGUUUUUGGGCUGUAUGGCCAUGUUCCAGAAGCAUUCUUUCCUGAUGUUUCGCCUGCAUCUAUUCAUAGAUGCAGGCAAAAUGUUAGGAGAGAAUGCUUCUGGAAUAUGGCCAUACAGCCCGAAAAACUUACAGCAACCCAGUGAUUCCGGCUAUCAAAGCCUUCGACGAUACAAAAGUUAGAGGUUGAUCAAAAUCCGGGAAACCUAUGUUUAACUUAGUGAGUCACAAGCUGUAUAGGUCUGUGGCAAAAUUAGUGCGCUUUAUAACUGGGUGAAGUUAAUGGGGCAUGUUACCACUCCACAGUCAAAUUGUAGUUCCCAUCCUUUGGUCUAAGUAUUUUGUAGUUCAGCUUCCACAAUUCCUAACAACUGGUAAGCUGGCUGGAAUUUCUGGGAGUUGAAGUCCAAAAGAACCGGAGGAUCAAAGGCUGACAACCACGGAACUAGAGGAAGAGAUGCCUGUCAGCCUUCUUUAAGUGAAAGAAGCAGCCCUCCCAGUCCCCAAACAUGUGCCUGUAGACAUCACCGACUGAAUGCAAUUUAUGUUCAUGAAUUUAUGAUCAUACACUUUAAUACACUUAGUUUGCAAGAUGGGGUGGGAAUCUUGAGAUCCUCCGGAUGUUGUUGGACUGCAACUCCUCGAAUUUGUUAUCUCUGGUCUGAGCUGCUGAGAGUUGCAAUACAAUGCAGGGGGUGCAUAAUUCCCAUCCUUGCUGCCUGGGACAGGGAUGAAGUCACUACUAUUUUGAUAGGUUAUUGUGAGGAUGAGUAAUCUUGAAGGUUCUUGUUUUUCCAAGUAAUUCCAAGGUUCCUCAAAUGUCAUCACAUAAUCAUCUUAGCAGUUUAGUAAGUCUAAGCAGAUAAGCCUGCAAACCCUUUUUUUCGUGUCAGGACCAACUUGAGAAACUGCAAGUUGCUUCCAGUGUGAGAGUUUUGGCCGUCUGCAGAGUCAUUGCCCAGGGACGUCUGGAUGUUUUGCCAUCCUGUGGGAGGCUUCUUUCAUGUCCCCGCAUGGGAAGGUGGAGCUGACAGAGGGGAGAUCACCCCGCUUCCCGGAUUUGAACCACUGACCUUUCAGUCAGCAAUCCUGCCGACAAGGGUUUAACCCAUUGCACCUCUGGGGACUUCAUAGCCCAUUGAAGUCUGUCUAAUAAAGUGGUUCUCAACCUGUGGGUCUCCAGAUGUUUUGGCCUUCAACUCCCAGAAUCCUAACAGCUGGUAAACUGACUGGGAUUUCUGGGAGUUGGAGGACAAAACACCUGGGGAUCCACAGGUUGAGAACCACUGGUCUAAUAAAUCUGUUAGCCCAUUGAAGUACUGUCUAAUAGCAGGAAACUGUAUGCUGUCUCAGACUAUGGAGGAAUUUUCUUCUCUGGAAGUUUUUUAAAAAGUUAGAUGGCCAUCUGUUGGGAGUGCUUGGAUUGUGUGUUCCUGCAUGGCUGAAUGGGGUGGGACUGGAUGGCCCUUGGGGUCUCUUCCAACUCUCUGAUUCUAGACUUGGUUGAAAGGCCCUGCCUCACUUAGUACUACUGAAGUGCAAGCAAGUUGAAUGCAAAAGAGAUUUCUCUUCGUUGCCGUUCUUUCUGAACUAGGGCCUUGUAUUUCUUUUGUGUGUAUGUGUUUGCCCUAGAGCAGGCAUUCACUUCUCAAUUAUGAUAUUUCCACAUUACUAGCUAGUGAUAUGUAAACAUGUAGGGGUUUUCUAUUGUUUGAAGAAGCCAGUAAUUGGGUAGAAGUGUGUUGGCACUUUAUGAUUGUAAUCCAAAAAUACAGAAGUUCUCCUGAGGCCAGAAAGUAGCAUCGAUACAAUGGCUUGCUUUGCCCAAAGGCAUGAGAUACGGACCCAAACCCACAACCGAAACCUCUUGCUGACCGUCGCUAGUCCGAGUGCCCUUACGUUGCUGGUUGCAUUUAUUAGUUAAGUGAUCAGCAUUUAUUUUGGUUGUUACCGUGUGUGUUCUUGACACCUUUGUAUUCCUAAGUUAUUUUGCUUCCUUAUUUAAUAUUUAUUUUAUUUAUUUAUUAUCCCACGCACAGACGUCAGGCUGUCUAUCCUGCCAAUAAAAAACAUUGGAAACCCA